UAUCACAAACAUGGUGAUCAUUAGAAAGAAAGACGGUACUCCAAACAUAAAGUUCUUUGAGUCGCCUGAAACGGUGUCACAUUUUGAUGCAAUACGAUCGUGGCUGCAGAGGAACUAUAAGAAGCUGUACUCGCCAAAGCAGAGAUAUCUGCAAGAAUGGAUCAGACCAAUUAUCAAGAGAGAUUCGGCCAUCCUGCUUCACUGGUGGUUCACGCCUGACAGCUACGAUACGUGGAUGACGGGCGUGGAGGUGGAGCAGGAGCCCGCGUCGCCCGUGGACGAGGCUCAGAAGUUGCCGUACGAGGUCAACGCUCGCUGGAUCCUCGACACGGAUGAGUACAACGAGUGGAUGAACGAGGAGGACUACAAGGUUCACGACACCUGGAGUGACCGAGAAGGAAGAAAGGACUGCGGACAAAGCUCACAGGCAAUCAUCAACGUGACGGAGGCGGAACGAAAGAGGAAGCUGAGCAAGUCGCGGCGGAAGCGGUCGCCGUCGCCGACCGAGAGGAAGCCGAAACGAAAGAGCUCCCGCGGCUGCGCAGUGAGGAGGCGCGAGGCGCCGAAGGAGGAGGAAGAGGAGGAGGAUCUCACGAAGGACAUGGAGGAGCCGGCGCCCGAGCCGAAGAUGAGCGAAGUGAUCAUUCCUAAGCACCUUGCCAAGCCGCUGUUUGGCAAGGAGACAGAGUGGCAGCCGGUGAAGGGCGGCGCGCUAGCCGAGCUAGACGACGAGUCAUCGGCAAUGGCGGCGAGCGAUGCGGCGGCCGGCGGCGGCGGCGGAGGCGGAGAUACGAAGGUACCCGGGCUUGCUGUAAAUGACUGCGUUGUCAGCAUGACGCGACUGCUACAGGUAGACGGCAAGGUUGAGGCAGACGAAACGAAGGGAGAAGACGAGGGAGGAGGAGGAGGAGUGAAGGAGGAGGAUGAGGGGAAGGAUUCGGAGGGAGAAGACAAUCUCACGGAGCAGACGAAUCACGUCGUCGUGCCCAGCUACACGUCCUGGUUCGACUACAACGGCAUCCACUCGAUCGAGAAGAGGGCGCUACCGGAGUUCUUCAACAUGAAGAACGUCUCUAAGACGCCCGAGGUCUACAUGGCUUACCGUAACUUCAUGAUCGACACGUACCGACUCAACCCGCUCGAGUACCUGACGAGCACGGCCUGCCGCCGCAACCUUCCCGGCGACGUCUGCUCAAUCACCAGGGUGCACGCGUUCUUGGAGCAGUGGGGCCUGAUCAACUACCAGGUGGAUGCGGAGUGUCGGCCCGCCCCCAUGGGCCCGCCCCCGACCUCUCACUUCAUGGUGCUGUCGGACGUACAGAACACGCUGCAGCCAACCGCUCCCAAACCCUCGUCACAGUCUGCCUCGGCUCAGAUGAUGUCGUUCCGGGAGAAGGAGGAGCCGAGAGAGGAGGCAACUCCGACGAGCUACGGAUUGAAGACGGACCAGUACUGCAAGCAGAUCGCAGCCAUGAAGUCGCGGGCAGGCAUGGUGCCGAUGUCGCGCGAGUGGACCGACCAGGAGACGCUGAUGCUGCUCUUACAUACACCGCUGCACAGCCAGCCGAUCCCGUUCUCGCGCAGCGGCAACCCGGUCAUGUCUACCGUCGCGUUCCUGGCGUCCGUCGUAGAUCCACGCAUCGCCAGCUCUGCUGCCAAGGCUGCCAUGGAUGCGUUCUGUAAGCUGAGGGAUGAGGUGAGCCCGGGAGUACUGGAGGCGCACCUGAGACGCGUGCGAGACCACGCGGAACGCACGGGCAUCGUCGACCCGAGACGCGGACUCGAUAAGACCAGCAUCGCCGGCACCGAGGCAGAGCCACCGGAGGGCGCCACCGGUACGCCGCGCGCCAUCCUCGUGACGGGCGUGCCGGGGAUGGACAGCGAGGACUCCCUCCCACCGUCGUCGACCCCGCCCGCCUCCCUCGGCAGCUCCCCAGCGGGGGUGGAGGUGGGCGCUGACUUCACCACCGUCGUCGACAUCAAACAAGAGCCGGCGGAUCGCGCAGACAGCACCGACUCCGACGCCCCCUCGACGCCGCACAAGGAUGCAGAGGCGCCCCCUACGUCGUCCGGCGUCGAGACAGAGGCGCCCUCUACGCCGACGACCGACUCGGAGGCGCCCCCUGGCACGCCGACGAAGGAGGUGGUCGCGCGGCGGACGUCGGUGAAGGACAGGAAGAUCAACGAGGGGGAGGUGCAGGCGGCCGCCGCCGCCGCGCUGUCCGUCGCUGCUACUAAGGCCAAGCACCUGGCUUCGGUGGAGGAGAGGAAUAUCAAGACGCUCGUCGCUCAGCUCGUCGAGACGCAGAUGAAGAAGCUGGAGAUCAAGCUGCGUCACUUCUACGAACUCGAGAACGUCAUGGAGCAGGAGCAGGAGACGAGAGAUAGAGGGAGGAAGAGAGUUGGCUAA